ACUUCCGGGAGGUUGCACCAGCUGGCUGGAGCUGGGUUUUCUUUUGCUGUUUCUUCUCCUCUUCUCAGGCCGGGCCAAGGUGUCGCGCACGGUGGGCGAGGGCAACCGGUCUCGGGCCGGGCCCUGACUGAGGUGGCGGGGAGUGGGCCGCGCGAGCCGCAUAUGAGUGGAUGGAGCCGGGCUCUGGACUUCAGCGGAGGGGGCCGGGGCUCGGCGGCGGCGGCGGCGGAGGGCUGGGCUCGGCCGGGGUCUCCCCGGCGCUGUCGGGGCCUCAGGCCCGCCGCAGGAAACAGCCGCCGCGGCCGGCCGACUUCAAGCUGCAGGUGAUCAUCAUCGGUUCGCGGGGCGUCGGCAAGACCAGCCUGAUGGAGCGCUUCACGGACGACACUUUCUGCGAGGCCUGCAAGUCCACCGUAGGUGUUGAUUUUAAAAUCAAAACAGUAGAGCUAAGAGGAAAGAAAAUUAGAUUACAAAUCUGGGACACAGCAGGUCAAGAAAGAUUCAACAGCAUUACCUCAGCUUAUUACAGAAGUGCCAAGGGAAUAAUAUUGGUAUAUGACAUCACAAAGAAGGAGACAUUUGAUGAUUUGCCAAAAUGGAUGAAAAUGAUUGAUAAGUAUGCCUCCGAAGAUGCAGAGUUACUAUUGGUUGGAAAUAAGUUAGACUGUGAAGUGGACAGAGAGAUUAGUCGGCAACAAGGAGAAAAAUUUGCUCAGCAGAUAACUGGGAUGCGUUUUUGUGAAGCUAGUGCCAAGGAUAAUUUUAAUGUGGAUGAAAUAUUUUUAAAACUAGUUGAUGACAUUUUAAAAAAGAUGCCCUUGGAUGUAAUAAGAAACGAAUUGUCCAACAGCAUCCUGUCCCUACAACCAGAACCAGAGAUUCCACCAGAACUGCCUCCUCCAAGACCUCAUGUCCGUUGUUGCUGACUUGCUAUUGCUUGCUCCAGAGUGGGAAAAAAAAGUGGGGGGAGCUGUUUCAUUCUGUACUACAAUCAUAUGGCAGUUGUUUGUUGCACUUUGAUUCAGAGUCAGAAUUACACACUAAUUUGUAAAUAUGCAGAUAUGCAAACUAGAUAAGAUAAGGCUGUAACUGGUUAAGUAUUGCUCUUUCCACACCUUUUUUCACUUCUCUUUUCUCAGCCCUAUAAAUAUUGUACAAUUUGGUGGGAAACAGUACAGUACUCCCAAACCUAGGAUAUAAGAAAUUAAAUGCAUACUCAAUUAUUCUCAACAUAAACGUUGUAAUAGUCCUCAAUAUAGUCCUCAAUAAACAGAAUCUCUGCUUAUCAGCAAAAAGCUUUGAUAGCUUUUUUAAAGAAAAUGUUUUAAAUUCAACUCGACAUACAUAAAGCUUUCUAAAGCAGCAUUAUCCCUUAUAAAUUCAAAUAAAUUGCUGGUAAAAUACUUACGUAUAUGAUAAUUCAGAAGUAAGUUCUUGGUCACUGGGCUCACGGGUUUAUUCUAGGUUAGGGAUCGAUAGGUUUGAGUGCAACCCAUCAAGUAUCAUAGUAGGCCUCCAAUCAUUUCAACAGGUGAUUUCAGGCAGGUACUACAGAAGUGAAGAGGGGUUGUAGAGCAGAAGGAUUGAAUUCUGAACACACAGGCAAAUAGUGUCAGCAGGAUUUCUUUAUUUAUUAACUUUCACCCUAGACCAUUUGUUUGUGUAUACCAAGGCACUGUGUUCUGUGUAGUUUUUAAAGGAUGAAUUGGCACUUUGACCAAACAUAAAUUAAUGAGCAGUCAGAUACUGUAUAAAGCAGAAAAAUAUUUGCAAAUUAUUUUUUAAAAAAGGUUUAAGAGUUAUUUCUUCUGUCAUAGAUAAAUUCGUUUCAAGUUAUUUUUAAACCAUUUCCUAUGCUAUAAGGAAUAAUGUAUGUUUAUUUGUCUGAAAUAAAUUGGAGGUGAGAUAUAUAUGUGUGUGUGUGUGUAUGUAGGGAUGUGUGUGUAUACACACACAUACAUACACACACACAUAUAUACAUACACACACAGAGUAUAUAGAUAUAAUCAAAAAUUCUAAGCUAAAGAGGAAUUGGGGUUUUUUUGUUUUUAUUUUGGUUAUAAUGAAUUUGUGAACUGUAUCUUUUGGUAUAUCUUUAUUAAAUCUGCACUGUAUACCUUAGUUGUUGUAAACCAGUAGUUUUGUAUUUGAAUAACUUGAUAAGUCUUUAAUGUUGUGGUAUUGAAAAGCAUUGUCGUUCUAUACUAAUGAUGUGCCAAUAAACUUUUGUAUUUAUGAAUAACAGUGGAACUGCAUCUCUUACUGGAAUGCCAAAUCUCAAUUACUGUCCUCCUGAAGAUCCAAUUUUGAGAGAAAUUGAUAAAAUUAUACUUGGUUAAACCUGUAUAUGUGGAUGUAUUGACUUGCAACAAAUCUUACGCAUGCUUUCUCAGUUGUGAAUUCCAUUGAAUUCAAUGCAAUUCAAUUCAUUAUCAGUGUUUAGGACUAAAACCCUAAUCAAGCUGCUAUCCUGCAGGAUUUGUUACAGUACUUUAAGAUACUGUAGCAAGAGUUUUAUCAAUGCAUGGACUUCAGUUGUAUAUACUAAGCAAUUAGUCUGAAUUCUGACUUUUCUGAAAUUUUUUCUUCAGAUUUCUGA